AUGAGUCAACAACCAAUUUUAGGAACGACUCAUCAUAAUUCUAUUUGCGUUUCCGAUUAUAAAAGAAGUUUUGAAUUUUAUGAUUCAUUUCUCCCUAAAAUUGGUUAUAAGAUUCUUAGAAAAACUGAAUACUACACCAGCUGGGUGAACCAAGCCUUAGGUCAAUUCGUUAUCUCACGGGCAAAGGAUGAAUAUAAAGAUAUUAAGCAUACGAGAUAUGCGGUUGGAUUUCAUCAUUUAGCUUGGAAUGCUACCUCUGAAAAAGAGGUUGAUGAACUUUAUAACUUCUUAUUUGAGAAAAAUUACAAAAUUUUGGACGCUCCAAAGAGCUAUAAUUAUGCUCCAGUAUAUUAUGCUGUAUUUUGGGAAGAUCCGGAUGGUUUAAAACUUGAAUUCUGUUAUGUUCCAUUUCCUUAUGAAAGUGAAGAUAAGCAGAAAUUAGGAUAA